AUGCUCAGCUCGUCGGCCUCGAGGCGGGACGCCACGGCGGCCGCCGCGUCCCGGAGCGGCGAGCUCACCAAGAACGCUACCAUGGCCGUGUCCCGGAGCGGCGAGCUCACCAAGAACGCCACCAUGGCCGCCGUCAGGGAGGCGGCGGCCGCGAGCACCACCAAGGCGGACGCUUUGGCUGCCGUCCGGGAGGCCGCCGCCAACGCGGUGCAGCACGAGGGGUGGAUGGUGCGCUACGGGCGCAGGAAGAUCGGAAGGUCGUUUUUCCAUACCAGGUACUUUGUGCUCGAGAGCAAGCUGCUGGCCUACUACAAGAAGAAACCCAAGGACAGCGUGGUGCCGCUAAAGUCGCUGCUAAUCGACGGCAAUUGCAGGGUGGAGGAUAGAGGACUGAAAACCCAUCAUGGGCAAAUGAUUUAUGUUCUGUGUGUUUACAACAAGAAAGAAAAAGAGCACCAAAUCACGAUGGGUGCAUAUGAUAUUGAAGAUGCGCUGGCUUGGAAAAAGAAGAUAGAGCAGAUCAUCGAUCAGCAGGACACUAUGACAGCUAAAAACCGCAAGGCCUUUGCUUCAAUGGACUUCGAUGCGGAACUUGGAGGGCAGUUUUCAUUCUCAGAUCACGACAGCGCGGCUGAAGACGAAGAGGAGAGGCCCACUUUGACUCGUAGGACAACCAUAGGAAAUGGUCCCCCUGAAUCGAUACAUGACUGGACAAAUGAGCCUGAUAUUGGUUUGUCAAGUCAGAGUGACCCCGCUCAAUCUUUCUCGAAAAAGAACUGGCGGCUACUUAGAUGCCAAAAUGGACUUCGCAUCUUCGAAGAACUUCUGGAAGUCGAUUACCUUGCACGAAGCUGUAGCCGAGCUAUGAGGGCUGUCGGCGUAGUGGAAGCCACAUGCGAAGCCAUUUUUGGGCUGGUGAUGAGCAUGGACGUAACGAGAUAUGAGUGGGACUGUAGCUUUCGCUACGGCAGUUUAGUCGAAGAGGUUGAUGGCCACACCGCGAUACUCUAUCACAAGUUGCAGCUGCACUGGUGUCCAAUGUUUGUCUGGCCUAGGGAUCUUUGCUACGUCCGUUACUGGCGGCGCAAUGAUGAUGGAAGCUAUGUUGUGCUGUUUCGAUCUAUCGAACAUCCAAACUGUGGCCGCCAACGAGGAUAUGUAAGGGCUUUUAUCGAAAGCGGAGGGUUCAAGAUUUCUCCUCUCAAGUGUCGCAAUGGACGACCACGCACUCAAGUUCAACACCUGAUGCAGAUUGAUCUGAAAGGAUGGUUCCUCAACUACUCUCCUUCCUUUCAGUAUCAUUCUUUGCUGCAGAUACAGAACUGUGUCGCUGGGCUGCGUGAGUACUUCUCACAGACAGAUGAAUGCCAUAUAACUCCAAGGAUUCCUGUGAUGGAAAACAUGGUUGAUCCAUCAAUGCCGAAAGACCAGAGGCGCCAAGAAAUUGAAGCCAAGAUUAAAGCAGCACAUGGAGGGCAAAAAGAUAAUAAAAGCAUGUCAAUUAUCGAUGAAGAGUCAGAUGAGGAUGAGGACUAUCAAGUUCCUGAAGCUAAUAUAGAGGAAGACUCCAACAAAUCUGACAAUGAUGCUAAGCAUACAGAAGAACCUCCAGAAAAAAUUGAUUUGUCUUGCUUUUCGGGCAUCCUUCAUCGUGACCCAGACGAGAAAAGCCGCAACUGUUGGACAGUACCCGACAGCACACUCUUUAAAGUUCGCAGCAAGAACUUCCCUACUGAUAAAUCAAAGAUACCUGCACCAAGUUAUCUCAUGGAGCUUGCGGCGAUUGACUGGUUUAAGGACACCAAGCGUAUGGAUAAUGUCGGUAGGCAGAAAGGUUGUGUUGCUCAGGUUGCUGCUGAGAAAGGGAUGCACACAUUUGUUGCCAACAUACAGAUUCCUGGAUCAACUCAUUACAGCAUAGUGAUGUACUUCGUCACAAGUACCUUGAAAAAAGGAUCAUUGCUGCAACGUUUCUUCGAUGGCGACGAUGAAUUCCGCAAUAGCAGAUUGAAGCUUAUACCAGCCGUUCCGAAGGGCUCUUGGAUAGUGCGGCAGAGUGUCGGAAGUACCCCUUGUUUACUGGGAAAGGCCGUCGAUUGCAGCUACGUGCGUGGUUCGGGGUACUUGGAAGUCGAUGUUGACAUCGGUUCUUCUGCCGUAGCCAAUGGGGUUUUGGGCUUGGUAUUUGGUGUAGUCACAACAUUAGUAGUUGACAUGGCGUUCCUAAUACAGGCAAACACGUACGACGAACUCCCCGAGCAAGUCAUUGGUGCCGCUCGGCUGGCUCACGUCGAACCGGCGGCAGCAAUAGUUCCCGACCUUGACAAUAAUAGUGAAAGUAAAGAUAGCAGCAACGACGACAAUAACAACAACACUUCCUCGGAGGACGACUCGUCCAAGAAAACUAACUGAUUUUUCUUCGCACACAGAUUAUUUAAUUCCUUUUCUCCUUUUUAUUCUCUUCCAUUAGUCACUCAAGCACUGCAUCAGCUUGCAGUCUGGUCUUGAGUUUAGAAC